AGAGCUUCAUCUGAAGGACAUUUCUCAGCAAUUCACCAUCAUAUCUGACCGGGAAACAAGGGACCAACAAAGUUUUUCCAGAAAUUCCUGCCUCGCACAAGCACACUUGAAGAUUCCGAAUAAUUGCUCUGAAAUCAUGGAACCUGCCGAGUUAAACACUAUCCCCAACGGGAAGGGGCAUGAAGCUGGCGAGGAGACGACUGCGACUGCAAUAAAAAGCCAAUCAGAAGAUGCAGCUCAUACUGACAGAACUGCAGGUAAUGUUGAAGCAAACCUGGUGGAAAGCUCAGAAUUCCUUUCCAACGCAGAUGACAAGAAAACCCCUCGUUUCACAGAUUUUGAGGGAAAGACUUCUUUUGGGAUGUCCGUCUUCAACUUGGGGAAUGCCAUCAUGGGAAGUGGAAUUCUGGGAUUAGCGUAUGCCAUGGCCAACACGGGCAUUGUCCUCUUUGUAAUUCUUCUUACUGUUGUUGCUGGCCUGUCUGCAUACUCCAUUCACCUGCUGCUAAAAUCUUCAGGCGUUGUGGGCAUUAGAGCUUAUGAACAACUGGGCUACCGAGCCUUCGGCACACCAGGCAAGAUGGCAGCCGGCAUUGCGAUUACCCUGCAGAACAUUGGAGCCAUGUCCAGCUACUUGUACAUAGUAAAGUAUGAGUUUCCGCUGGUCAUCCAGGCUUUUCUCAAGGUGGAUAAUCCAUCAGGGUAAGUGUGUUUAAACUUCUCCGAAAGCAAGGGGAAUUUGUCAUCGUGUUUUUUUUUCCACUGUUUAUUGGCCACAUCAAGUCUUUGGAUUACCGUGUGACCCAUUUUAAUCAUCUCAGAGCAACAGCACACAAAAAGAUUUGCCAAAAAGGUAAAUAAAAGAUGCAAUCUGUCUUUGAUUGUUUUUGUUAGACAACAGGGAUAUUAAAUGGAAACCAAAUGAUUGAUUAGUUUAAUGACUCAAAUAAGUCUCAUCUAAAGAUUCAGAAGAGGUGUUCUGUACUUGUUCAUGUGAUUAAAAGUAUGAUUUUAGAGCUGAAAUUUUUUUUUGGGUGUCUUCACACCAUAGACUGUAAAAAAUCUGGUCGUAGUAUCCUUGAUGUCAUCCAUAGGUUUCAUGAAGAGCGCAAAUGAUGCUACAAGUGGCAGUGGCCAACCGUUGCCAUUUUGUUUGCACAUCAUCGCACCAACCAGGAGUAAGCGAAAAAGGACAAAGAAACAGAGCUUGAGCGGAGCUACAGACACCUGCUAGCAUUUUGCUUAAAUGGGUUUUUCUUUGGGAGAAACACUUAAUACUUCAUUACCUGUGACUUGUUUAUGUUCUGACCACUUGCGCUGGGUUGUAUACAAUAUCAAUAAAGUGUUUAGACUUUUAAAA